CCCAUCCCCACUCACCCCCUCUGUUAAGUUUCAAGCGUCUCUUGCUCCUGAACUGAGCAACACACACCAAACAGAAGUGGAUGGAAAACAGACACUGGCUCUACGGGUCCUUGCCUCCGUCUCCUUCCAAUUUUAUCGUUUCCUUACUUCAUCUAGCCUCUAUUUCAUUGUAGCUCUUUUCAUAUCCCUAAUUUCAUUGUUCAGCCCACUUAUUUUUACUCGAUUCUUUGUUCACUCUUACUGCUUUUGCUCAAUUCACCCAUCCGUCACAGGAUAGCAGAUUGCCGUGUUUCAUCUUUAAUAUAAUGUUUUAAAACUUCCACACGCUUCAACCAUAACUUCUCUCCAUUUUCUUCUAAACCUUACGUCCAUUUUUUUCAUCUGUUAUUUUCUCCUCUAAUCUUUUACCCAAAGUGCCAAAUCCUUUAUCCUGGUCUUCGUUAGGCCUGGCCAGCUGAGAUCACUAUGUGGUCCAACUUCUUUGUACAGCAGGAUGAGGACGGUCGCAUCGGAAUGGCAGGGGCUGGACAAGCUGGGGGUUUGGGUGGAGCGAAAGGUGGAAGGGGACAGAGGCGGACCCACAAGAUGAGUGACAGCCAGGAGGGGAAGAUCAAGCUCGCCUUCUUUGUGUCAAUCAUUGGCAUAACCCUGACAGUGUUGGGCAUGGGGACAGAGUUUUGGGUGGAGCUGGCCCAACCAAAGCAUUUCAGUGGCAACCAAACCUGCCAGAUGGCUCAUUAUGGCCUUUGGAAGGGCUGCAUCCGCACCCUAUGGGUGGCUGACAUAGACCCAGAUAGGACAAGCUGUGGCCCCGCUGAGCUUCCUGGAGAAUCCAACUGCACCUACUUCAAAUUCUUCACCUCUGGGGAGAAUGCAGUUAUAUUCAAGAAGACGACUAACAAGAAUCUGAAUCUAGGUGCAGCUAUCUUAGCCCUUUUGAGUCUGACCAUGAUGGUGAUGGGCUCCAUCUGUAUUGCCAUGUCCCUCAGCAAAGGAGUCGCUUUCUUUCUCAAGCCAGCCUCCUUCUGUUUCAUCCUGUCAGGUGUACUGGUCCUUCUCUCUGUUGUGAUCUUCCACCAGUCCGUGCUGGCCUUGCUGUCCAGUGACCACUCCAUACCUUUACACCAUGAGCUGUCCUGGUCUGUGGCUUGUGUGGGCUCAGCGGGAGCAAUUCUUAUUCUUGGAGGUUUCCUCUUCAUCAUCCUGUCCCUUCCAUUCAGCCCCUGGCAGAAAUGCUUGCCACACAAGAAUAGUGCCACCUAGCACUUGAAUGCUAACAUACUAUAUGCGCACAGUAUUCCUGAUGUCUAGUUCGAGAGCAAGUGGAAAUCUCCUCCUCCUGAGGGCUGUGAUUUUGCUUGCUCUUGAGAUUUAAUUUUUCUGACAAGUCAUACUAGGUCUUAAUCAGAUGUAUGAAGAGAUGUCAGCAAAACAUUAGUAAGGCCUCAAGAAUUUGAUUUUGCAAAAAUUUGUUCCAGCAUUUUUUAUUAAAAAAAUAAAAUACAUUUUUUAAAAAAAGACAGAAAGAGCAACAGGUUUUCUGCUAACUGUUUAGUUUUUUGCUCUGUACUGACACUUAGAUAAGCUUGUUGACCUGCUCAUAGUGUAGCCAUACAGCCACACAUAAAGCUAGACUUUCUGCUAAGCAUAAAAAGAGCAAAUAAAAACUCUUUGAAUGCUUAGGCACUUUUAAUAUGAAAUCCCAUUUCUCCCAAGAAAAUAAAGUAUCGCACAUGUAAAAUUAGCAACACGUCCUCCAAGUUACGCAACAGCCUGUGUUUGUCCAUUACCAUUUGAGCUGAUAAUGCUAACGAUCAGUAUGGAGGAGGUCCUGAUUACAUGACAUGUCAUAUCUGCUACAUGUGGCCCUAUGAAUACAGUUGAUGAGUUUCCUCAAUAUUUUAGCGUAUGAAGCUUUUUAGCACAUACUACUUAUUACUUAUUUAAUUUACAACUGCUGGGUGAAUGCUGUUUCAUUAUACCAGAUGAAUGUAUGUCUGUUGAAAUCAACUGUGAGGAGCGAUUAAAAUACCAUUUUGUACAUCAGAUGAUUUUAUGGACUUACUUUUUAAGCUCAACUUUGUACAUAAACUGAAUGAGUGUGUUUAUAUUUUACGAAUGGUCACUGUUUGUGGUGUUGUCUCCAGUCACUAUUUUUGUGUACAGUACAUGGCAUCAAUUUUGCUUAUAAUUAAAGGGAUUUGACAUAAAA